AUCCUUGAAUAUCUCUCUCUCCCUCGUCUUCUUCUACCUUUGUAACCGAACAUGAACUCAUCGUCGUUGAACGUACUUGUUUCUCCUCCUCUUAUUUCUACCUCAACACCAACUUUAAAAGCUUUCCAUCGACCUAACUUUUCUUCCAAGCCCUCUAAAAGGAUCAGUUGCAUGCACGAUCCCAGCAUCAAUCUUAACUUCGGUUCGAAAUCGAAUCCAAAACAUGACUUCCCUGUUUCUUUCGCCACGGCUUUCGUCGAAGCUCCCUUGGGAACAACAACAACAACAACAACCUCGGCCGACAAGCUCCACCUCCUCGUAUCCGAGUUCCGGUCCUUAACCGAGCCAAUCGACCGAGUCAAACGUCUCUUGAGCUACGCGACGGCUCUAGCUCCACUCGACGACUCGGCUCGCGUUCCGGCGAACCGAGUCACCGGAUGCACGACUCAGGUAUGGCUGGAGAUCAAGGUGGACGAGUUAGGUAGGAUGAGGUUUAAAGCAGACAGCGAUUCAGAGAUCUCGAAAGGGUUCUGUUCUUGUCUUAUCUGGAUCCUCGACGGCGCUAAACCGGAGGAAGUGAUGGGCGUGAGAGGCGAGGACUUGUCGGAGAUGAACGUUGGGGUUCACGGGAAGGUCCAGUCAAGGGUUAACACGUGGCAUAACGUGUUGAUGAGUAUGCAAAAACGGACCAAGGCUCUUGUUGGUGAUGCUGAUGUGGUGCACCGAGAAGGAGACAGAUCAGCACCGCAUCAGCAUAAUCUUUUGUUUGAUUAUGUUAAUGGGAGAAGUUACGUGGAAUCUGCUUCUAAGGUUCAUCGUGAUUACUCCAUCUCGGUGCUUCCUUUGGGUUAUGAUUUUACGAUAUGAAAUGUUGUUGGUGUGUUUCUUUUAGAAUGUUUUUGUAAAGUCUUCUGGAACAUAAAUUGAAAGUUUGUGUUUCUGUA